UCCGGCCUCAGUCCAGCCGUGCGUAAAGAGCGCAGAGCGCGCAGUGGAGCCGUGCGCCGCCGGGAUCACCGAGCAGAGCUGCUCCCUAAAUGAAGCCUGGUUCCGGUCCGUGAGCUCUUCGCCAUGAGCUGCCUGGAUGUGAUGUACCAAGUGUUUGGACCUCAGCCUUACUUCAGCUCCUACAGCCCCUAUCACCACCAGAAACUGGCUUUGUAUUCCAAGAUGCAAGACCCCCAGGAGAGCAGCAGCCGGCUCGGCCCCCCGGGGCCCCCGGCGAUCAAAGAAGAGGACAAGGAGCUGCCGCCGGGCGCCGAGUACCUGAGCUCCCGCUGCGUCCUGUUCACCUACUUUCAAGGCGACAUCAGCACCGUGGUGGACGAACAUUUCAGCCGCGCCCUCAGCCAGGCGACGGCGUACCCGAGCUCCAGCCACAAGGCGGUCAGAGACGGAUCGUUUCCCAUGAGUCAGAGAAGUUUCCCGCCAUCGUUCUGGAACAGCGCCUACCAGCCGUCCGUCUCCUCCGCCCUGGGCGGCGCUCUGUCGGCCCCCCACGUGGAGCUCUCCUUUCCCGGGGACCCGUACUCCUCCGCCUCCCUGCACAGCCACCUCCACCAGCCCAGCUCGGACUCCUGGCACGCGUCGCACCACCACCAUCACCACCACCACCCUUACUCGCUAGGGGGCACCAUAAGCACCCAGAGCUCGGCGUACCCCCGCCCGGGGGUCCACGAGAUGUACGGGACGGCGUUCGACCCGCGCUACGGCUCGCUGCUGGUGCCGUCGGUGAGGUCGCACCACCGCCUGUCGUCCGGCAGCUCGGUGCCGGGGCCGAGCGCCUCGCCCUGUGACCUUGGGGGGAAGGGGGAGUCGGGGUCGGCCUGGAGCGGCGCUUUCACAGGAGCCGGAGCAGAGAUCGGACUCAACGUAGACUCAGGUCUGCAGUCACAGGAAAAGAGCAAGGACCUGUACUGGUUUUAGACUCUUUCUCCUCUUCCUCUCUGCCUUUCCUCCCCCCCACCUCCACUCCUGCUCUGCUGAAAAUCAGUGAGAAUUUUUUUUGGGUGUAACAGCUUGUGGUCUGCUUGCAGCUCUGUGUUACGGUGGACUGUGCAGCACAGUGCAGCCCUGCUGAGCUGAACACCGGCAGAAAGACUGUGUGGAUGCAACGCUCCCAGAGAGGAGGAAGGAAGGGAGGGAAUCCGAUCUGGACGGAUGUGGACAAAGACGGGACUCUUUGUGCUUCUGUAACAGGCGGGGGGACAACAUUCCUAAGCUGGGAAACGUCUGAGGACAGACGGACAGACGCAUGUGUUGUUGGACUCCAAAGAGGAGAGCUUGAAGGACUUGGCAGGACCUGCUCUCAACUGGGAGUGUUGUGGCUGCUCGACGAACCUCGGCGGCGUCGGGGACGGCAGACGACGACAGCAGGACGAGUCCAAACGCUUGGGUUUACACGGAGGACUCAGCCCGACGCGAACGAUCAAACGAACUCGAUUGGAGCUGAUCUGUGUCCUCGCUGUUUGCUCUAAACUCCCGGGAGGUUCGAUCGAUUCAGGAUGAAGCGUGCUCUCUGUCAGUCCUGUUUUAUGAAUGUACGCCAACGCGAACAAACGAGGAGUUUCACAAAAAUUAACACGUUUCAGGUGAACGUCUUGUCAGUUAUUACAGGAAACAAAACAUUUUAUGAUCACGUUUUAAAAACCGAUGAAUUUCCUGAAACUUCUCGUAUAACAGCUAAAAACAGACCAAGUGACUGUGUGGUACAUUUUUUUAUGCUGCUAAUACUUUCACGGAUUUAUUUUUACACACUUCAGCUCUACAGGUAAUUCAGUCAGCAGCUGUUCAACAAAACACAAGGAAAGUUUGUUUUUUUUAUUGAGCUUUAUUGCUUUAAAACAAUCAGUUGUGAAACUAAACGGUAUCAUCCUCCCUUGUGCUGCUUUGUCUCUGUUUUUCACUCAGUUUAGUUCCUGUCAGUUUUUUAUUUCCUACUGGUCCGUCUGAGGCGUGCGAUGUUCUUCUGCGGGUUUAUUCUCAUAGUUUUGUUUCUGUACUGCAGAAAACGUGAAGGUUUUAAAAGCAAUGUAACUGUUUCACAAAGCUACGGGAAGCAUCAAGAUGUUUGAUAACUAGAGACCGGACCAGAAUCCAGAAGUUGAAGCCACAAAGGGGAGGCGCCCCCUAGUGGCUGCAGAAAGUUUUAACUCUCAUCCCUCUGUAUAAAUGAAUCGGAUAUUUUUUUGACUAAAAUAAUUAAAAUACACUUCAGCUGUUGGUUUUUGCUGAUUAAAGCCUUGCUGCUGUAUAGUCAAUGUGUUGUAUUAGUGAAGAAAAAUGUCUAAGCUGUGAUUGACAGCCCAUUAGCGAGUUGGUAUGGGAUGUUGGUGGGACUUUUGUAUCGAGGGUUCAACCCGGAUUCUGGCUUUAAAAGUACAACAUGGUACAACAACAAAAGACAUUUUGGAUUUCGUAUUGAACAAAGUGAGGAAGCAGAGAUGCUCCGUCCAUUUUUAAUAAUGUCAUCAGUGGGAAGUGGGGGCGCUGAAGGUACCGCAGUACCCCAUCUGGAGGAUGUCAGAGGAAAUGUAUAUCCAAAUUCAGUUUAAACGCAUAGUCUGGAAACGAUGACCGGUCUGAUAGUUAUCAGCAGUCCACACCUUAUCAGCUGUGACAUCAGAGUACAGAGAAAAAGGGUAAAUGGACUGUAC